AUGCAGCCAUUUCAUCAAGAUCCAACCGUCCGUGUGCAUGAUUGGGUAUGGGACACCGAUGAUACUGACGAUUCAACCGACACCAAUCAUGUACUUCUAGUUUCCAAAAACCCUGAUGCCAACCAUACUACAACUCCUGUGGAAAUAGACUUGAGCUGCAAUACAGACAAUUAUGACUACGAUAGCAGCGAGACUAGUCCAUUUGAUUAUUUUACCAGUUACGACGAUCAGACAGUACUGGAGCUUAAUAUUCCAGAAAUAACUGCCAACAAUGACGAAGAGCUGGCUCGUAAAUUACAAACAGAAUUUGAUGAGGAGCUUAUGCAUGCUGAGCUCAUUGCUGGUCCUUCUAUACAUGUUAGUACUAUAGAUACAGAUAGAGAGUUGGCUAUGAAGCUGUUCAAGGAGCUCAAUGGUCCUCAACGCUUUGAAAACAGCGAUGAAUUCAUUGAAAAAAGAAAACAAGAAAAGGCAGAUGAGCAGCUUGCUCGUAUGCUAAUGGAACAGGAACGAAAUGAAAUGCCAUCUCGACUAGACUCUCGAGCAUCUGCCAAAAUUCAAUCUCGACUCUCAACAUUACCAUCAACAUUUUUGCAUCCUUCAACUUUGGUCAAAAAUGAACUCAACCCAUCCAUCAAGACUGACUAUGAAUCCAAUUUACCUGAUGCAUAUACGUUGGACGAAUCACAUCAUUUAGAAUGGAGCAAGUAUCGUGCUCACCAAAAAGCUCUGGGUAAUUUUGACGAUAGAAACAACGAUCCUUUUAAAUUUACCUUUCCGGUGCACUCGUUGAAUAAUGGCAACAGUUUUGCUAAAAACUCGGCCUUUAAUCGCUUUGCAUCCAAAUCCUCUCGGGAAACUGAUGGGGCUUUUUCGACUGCAAAUACCGGACUGGAAUAUAAUGAACCGAUUGUCGUUUAUGAUUCUCAAGAAAGCGAGUCUAGUGAUACUGGAAUGAACAAUCAAAUAUUGAAAGAGUCUCCACUUACCACUGCCAAAACUCGAGAGAAUCUUCGGAAACUACUUGAAAAUGUUCAACAUACUACCGACGUAACUCCAGUCCAUCAGCGCAUGGCCACUCCUGAAAACCUUCAGAUUAAAUUAUUAGAGCAUCAAAAGCUUGGCAAGUUUUUGAUAUUUUAA